CUCACAAUUACCCUCAUACAGCAAUCGAAAUCACAAAGAAAUUAACAACAAAACGGAGUAUGCUGGCUUAAAUGGAGUAACACUUAGAAUAAGCAUAUUAACAAUACAUUCCGCGCGUGCUAACUGCACGAAAACACAUCCAUAAAACGCCGACGAAUCCGCAGAAAGUUUAAAACCGAAAUCAAUAAAUAAUAGUCAAAAAUCAUUUAAAGCUGCUGCAAUUGAAACAUUUAAAUAGAUAUAUUGACUGCGAAUUUUUGCCGGCAGCUGUCGCUUUUCCCAAGCAGCACUCGAUUUGAACUUUAAAAGUGGAACGUUGAGUGGGAGUGAGAAGGAGGGUCGCAUCAUGUUGUCUCGCCUGCAAGAAUUCCUGUCACGCCAUCGCCGUAAAUUCAUUGUGACUGGGGUGCUGGUGGGAGGCACCAUCUAUGCGGCACGAUAUGCCCAGCGCAAGCUGGUGGAGUAUCAGGAGCGGCAGGCGCGUGAGUUCUUCGAGCGCACUCGGCGGAUGCAUCACUUUGAGUCGACGGAACGCACCUGCAACCAGGUGAUACUCGGCAUGGGGGAGGAGAUGUGCCAGGCGGUGUUGCAUGAGUGCAGCACGGACGAGUUGCUGGAACAGCUGCGUCAGAAUCCCAGCAACAAACUGGAGCUGUGGGAGCAAAUGAAAAUUAUAUCGUUCACGCGACUUGCCACAUUUGUGUAUGCCUCAUCGAUGCUGGUGAUGGCGUUGCGUGUCCAGCUCAAUCUCCUGGGCGGCUACAUCUAUCGGGACAUUAUGACGGAGCAGCGUCAAAUCACCGACGAACUGAAGCAGCAGUACUUGUCCCUCAUACGACACUUCAUCACGGAUGAUGGCAUCCGGGAUCUUGCGAGAUUCAUACGCAGCAAAGUCGUGGAGGUCAUGAAGUCGAUGCCACUAACACGCCAACUGACGCUGGCGGAUACAGAGCAAAUCUUCUGGUCACUCCAAAUGGCCAUCAAUGGCGACACACGACACGAUCCCAACUCCAAGAUGACCAAGUAUCUGCUGCCCGAUCUCAGUCGACUGCAGCAGAGAUCGAACUGCUCGCCGCUGCUGCAACAGAUGUAUAACGAAACGCUGGACAUGCUGGAGAGCGAGGAUUGCAUUGGUGUGUGUGUGCACAAUGUGAGUCGCGGCUUUGUGCUCAGCUGUGAUGCGAUUGCCGAGUCCAUGGGAGAGACACUGCAGCAUUUGGCGCCGGGUGAACUGCAGCAGCAGCAACCCCUAAACGGCCAAAACAAUCCAAGCAACAACAACAAUCUGCUUAACGUCAAUACGGUGCUGUUGGCGUUGGCCAAACUCAUACCCAUCAUCAGUGGACUCACCUCCCACGGCUACGACAGCGCUGCCAGGCCGCACAAUCUGCCGACGCAGCUGCUCAGCUUCUAUGUGGUGUCGGAGAAGUCCAAAAUGCUGGGGGCCAAUGUUUACGAGACCUUCAGCUCCGGCUAGGAGCGACUAUACAUACACAUAAAAAUAGACUAGGAUUAAGACUAUGUUAUAGACGUGUAUUUUUAAUGAGGAACAAAUUCGAUCUUUCGUAAACAUUGCAUGUAUGUAUGUCUAUUAGGCCUAGCUUGGAUAAGAGUAUUUUAUUGGAUAUAUGCAGAAUCUAGCAAAUGGUUUGGCAUAAUCUAUCAAACGUAACAUACAAAAUAAGCAAACGUAAUAAAUGUAAAUGGAAAAGUGGUAAAAAAUAAUAUAUUUUCGAAAAUUCAUCCAGCUAAAAUACAAAUAAUAAAAUAGAUAACUGGUGGGCAGCUAUUUUUCAAAUUAUAUGUAACAAGUCAGAUGACAAAGUAAUUAAACAUUCUAAUUGAAA